AUGGCCUCACGGGACUACGAAGGACUGGACCCAAGGCUGUACAGCUGUGGAUUUCCGUGUCAACCGUAUAGCCGACUUCGGCGAAACAGCAGACUGAUGGACGAACCAGAUGCAAAGCCAUUCUGGGCUACGCUGGAAGCAAUUUUGAGGACUGGGCCUUUGAUAGCAUUGCUUGAGAAUGUCUAUGGCGUUUUGGCCGUGAAAGAGAAGGCCAAGUCUUGGUGCAUUCAAUUUCUGCUGAAUUAA